AUGAACAUCACUUCGAAAAAGANACAAACUUUAACUUUAAAAGCUCUCUGUCGAAUAAAAAUCAAAGGCCAAGUUCAAUCUUAUCCAAACGAUAUCGUGAAAAUAGAUUCGAUCUCCAAAAUCCUACACGCAUAUCUAACAUUUUACAAUCCAUUUCUUAUAUCUCCACCGGCAAGUCCACCUGUUGGUUGGGAACAAAAAGUUGAAGAUCCACCCAUUGUCGAUCUCAACCUGAUCGCUGCUAUUGCUCAGCUCCGACCAAAUGAAUCUCAUCAAUUAUUCUCGGGUGAACAUGGUUCGAAUGCUCCAUCGAUUGUUAUUCAUACAUGUGAUGAUCUGGAUAAUGCUGAUGACAUCAAUCAAUCCCUUCGUCAAAAAUUAAUCAAACCAGCUUUGAUUCAAACGCGACGACCACCUUCGGAUUAA